AUGAAUUGGCUUGUCUGGGCUUCCUUGCCCGUUGCUCUGUUAGGCUUUUGGAUGUAUACCAGUAUCUUGGUCUCAUCCUCCUUCCCCACACUUCGCAACAAGCGUAUUCUGCUGCUGAUUGCGCACCCGGAUGAUGAAGCCAUGUUCUUUGCGCCGACCUUGCUCGCUUUGACGCAGCCAGAGCUUGCCAAUCACAUCAAGAUACUCUGCCUCAGUAGUGGCGAUGCAGAUGGCCUCGGCGAGAUUCGCAAAAAGGAGCUGGUUAAAAGCGGCCUUCGACUAGGCAUCGCCAGCAAAGACGACAUCCUCGUCAUCGAAGACCACAACUUCCCCGACUCUAUGACGGUGACCUGGCACCCCAGGCUAAUCUCCAACCUCCUCACUACCGCCUUUGCCCCUAACAUGUCCUCCAUCUCAGCCAAAGAUGCCCCACAGACUACAAUUGACACAAUCAUCACCUUCGAUACCCACGGCAUCUCCUCUCACCCUAACCACAGAUCCCUACACGAUGGCGCACACACAUUUCUCAAAGCUCUCAUGCAUCGACAUAGUGCAUGGGAAUGUCCUAUCAGACUGUAUACCCUCACUACAACAUCUAUAUUCAGGAAAUAUUCAGGUAUACUAGAUGCGCCGACAACGAUUUGGGGGGCUACUCUCGCCAAAAAGGAUGUCGGAGAGUUCCCAAGCCCCUUGUUAUUUGUGAGCAGUCCAAAGGGUUAUCGGACAGCGCAAAGCGCCAUGACCACGGCGCACCAGAGUCAGAUGAGGUGGUUCCGAUGGGGGUGGAUAGGGGCGGCGAGGUAUAUGGUUAUCAAUGACUUGAAGAUCGAGAAGAGGCGAUCGUAA